AUGUCUGGCAGCAACAACGCCAAUGGCAUGGGCAAAGCCCUUAAGAACCUGGACCUCGACGGCCACGCUCUUCCGCCGUCGCCGGCGCCCUCGAGCCCGUCCAAUGGCCGCCGCUACGCCCUCGCCACCGAGUUGGUCUACACCGAGACCAACGACCAGUACAAUGCCUCCAGCAUGCCCAUCUACUUGUCCGCCACCUUUAAAGGUGGCCCAGGCCAGGAGUACGACUAUACUCGCAGUGGCAACCCCACUAGAACCCACUUGGAGCGUCAUCUCGCCCGGGUCAUGAACGUCAGGCGAACCCUCGUUGUUGGCUCGGGCAUGGGCGCGGCAGAUGUCAUUACCAGGAUACUCAAGCCCGGUGACGAAGUCAUCACCGGAGACGAUCUGUAUGGCGGCACGAACAGACUGCUCAAGUACAUGUCAGAAAAUGGUGGAAUUGUCGUGCGUCAUGUUGACACGACUGAUCUCGAGGCUGUGAAGGCCGCAGUGUCUGAAAAGACCGCCAUGGUGCUCCUCGAGUCGCCCACCAACCCAUUGAUCAAGAUUUGCGACAUCUCAGCAAUCUCCGCGAUUGCGCACGAGGCCAAUGCAGACGCAGUAGUCGCUGUAGAUAACACGAUGCUGUCCCCGUAUCUCCAGAACCCACUUGAUCUUGGAGCCGACGUGGUCUACGAGAGUGGUACCAAGUACCUCUCGGGUCAUCACGAUCUUAUGGCUGGCGUUAUUGGCAUCAACAGCGUUGCUCUCGGCGACAAGUUCUAUGCCUUGAUCAACUCCACUGGUGUUGGUCUGAACCCACAGGACUGCUCGCUGCUCAUGCGCGGUGUGAAGACCUUGGCAAUCCGCAUGGAGAAACAGCAGGCAAAYGCUGAUGCAAUCGCUCACUACCUCGAAGCCCACGGCUUCAAGGUGCGCUACCCCGGUUUGAAGUCUCACCCACAAUACAAGCUCCAUUGGCAGCAGGCUCGCGGCGCCGGCGCAGUCUUGAGCUUUGAAACUGGUUCUAUUGCCCUGUCCGAGCGCAUUGUGGAGUCCACCAAGCUUUUUGGCAUCUCUGUCUCCUUUGGCUGUGUGAACUCGCUCAUCUCGAUGCCUUGCCGCAUGAGUCACGCGAGCAUCGAUCCAGCCACGCGCAAGGCACGUGCUCUGCCCGAAGACAUCAUUCGCCUCUGCAUUGGCAUUGAGGAUUUGGAUGACCUGCGCGACGAUCUUGCUCAAGCUUUGGUGCGUGCCGGAGCAGUCAGGCUUACGGAUGACGGUUUCACUGCGUUGGAGGCGGAGGAGGUAGCUGGCGAGAGCGGUCGGACCACUCUGGUUGUCGAUGAGCCAUAG